AUGCUGUCUCUCCGCUACAAAUCUAGGCGUGUCGAGUCCACAGGAAGGCCGCGUGUGAGUGUUUCUAGGCCUGGGCCCUUCUUGGAGCAGAGGUCUCACUGCUGUUCCCCUGCAGUAAGUCAAUCAAGUGGCGAUCAACUGAACACCACUUCGCAGCGGGCUACCAGUGUCGCCGCGCAGCACCAGCAACAGCAUCAGCAGCAGCAGCCUCUGGUGGAAGCUACUGUGGAGAACACGCGUACGUUCAAUGCUGUACACCAGGCUGAACAACCGCUCAGCACGGAAGGCACGCAUGGGGCCCCGAAAGGGAAGACACGGAAACAAAGGAAACAAAUAGCUGGAGACGACAAUGGAGAAGACGGUAGGGGCUUGAAACGGAUGCGUUUGAACUCGAAGCCAAAGGGGGAAUUCGGCCAAAGGGGGACACGGAGCAACAGCACUGAGCUGUCACCUUCUGCGGAUGAGAAGCGUGAGACAAUGGCCAACCUGCAGCAGCAGAAGGAGAGGCAGCUGCUGCUGGUGAAGAAGUUUUCAGGCCGAGUAGCAGCAGCGGGGGUUAUCGAUCGCUUGCAAGGUGGCCGCUUUCGCUCUUUAAAUGAAUAUCUCUACACGAAGAAAGGAAGUGAAGCUUUUGUAAAAUAUCAAAAGGAACCGCAACUGUUUGACAUUUACCAUACAGGCUAUCGGGCACAAGUACGGCGUUGGCCACUGAAUCCUUUGGACUGUGUUGCCACCUGGCUGUCAAAGAAACCGAAGGAAUGGGUAGUCGGCGACUUCGGUUGCGGAGAGGCCGCUCUCGCACUGCGCUUUCCAGAGAGGACAUUUCACUCCUUCGAUUUGGUGGCUGCUAACGAGCGGAUCACGGCAUGUGACAUUUCCAGUGUGCCUCUUCCGGACUCCAGUUUGGAUGUGGUGGUUUUUUGCUUGAGUUUGAUGGGCCAGGACUGGCCAGCCUUCCUGAAGGAGGCACGGAGAGUCCUCAAGAGGAGAGGCGUUUUGAUAAUAGCUGAGGUCUCUUCUCGCAUUACAUCUCUGUCUGCUUUUGUUGCUGCUGUGGAAGGCUUGGGGUUCAAAAACACGAAACAGAAGGAUCUGGCGUCAUUUUUCGUACUGCUAGUAUUUCAAGCGAAGGAGCAAUCGAAGGAGAAGCUUGAGAGUCUUUCUCCUUGCCUCCUGCAGCCUUGUCUCUACAAACGCCGCUAG